GUUUCUCUGACAUUCGUUUGCUAAGAUCAAGGUCUUUUGUAUUACAUAUUUGGAAUUUUGUCUAGCGAUAAUUUAAAAAGAAGCCAUGUUCUCAUACUGGAGUAAAAAAAGUAUGGAAAAACAAAAUGAAUUAUAUCCAGAAAUGACACCAUCACCAGCAGAAAAAAUUAAUAGACAAAAUAUGACUACAGAUACAGAUUCAGAACGUAUCCUAGAGUUCCAAGACUUUUUACAGCGUGUGCAGACAUUACAGAUGUCACAAAACGAAAAACAUGACGAAGAAAGUAAUCAAAGCUCGAUGGCAAUCGAAGUUGGCGAGGAACCUUUAACCACAAUUCGUUCUGAAAACGAUAAUAUGAACAUGAGAUCCUUACACCCUUUAUCGAUGCCGCUGUCAUCACAGAUUUACAGAGAAUCUACCAAAAAUAUCCGUAUCACAGUUGGCAUCGAUAAAGACUUGGAAAUGAUUCUAGAAAUGGAUCCAAGUAUUGUUGAUUUUGAUGACAUUGAAGCUAUAGAACCGCGUAUAGUGGGUCUGCCUCCACUUUCGGGUGGACCCACAUUUAAAACUGCCACACCCACCUCCCGAACGCAGCUGAAGCUUCAAUUACAACGAGAGCAACAUCAGCAACAACAACAGCAACAGAUGAUAAUGCAACAACAAAUUCUGGACUCAGAUUCAAAAAUGCAAUUGAUGUUGGGAUCAACUGACACGGAAUAUAUAGAUAGUUGUAGCACAAGCGCCUGUGGAAGCGGAUCAUCGAGUUUGGAACAGAUGUUACAAUUAGUGCAAAAGGAUCGCUUAAGUCCUGUUAAAGUAAAAGUGCCUCUUCAAAGCAUUGGAGUAGAUGUACCGCCGCAAGUGCUGCAGGUUAGUACAGUGCUAGAAAAUCCAACAAGAUAUCAUGUCAUACAAAAGCAGAAGAAUCAAGUGCGGCAAUAUUUGAGUGAAUCUUUUAAACCUUCUAUUUGGGGCUGCAACAACGGCGAUGUUAGUGAGAUGAAAAUGACAAAUAACUCUGCAUCUGCUGACAAUCUGCAGCAGACUUCCUCCUUAGAAUGUGAUAUAGCUAUGAAUGUUAAACACAGUACAAAUGAACUUUCUGCCGACGAUGCAAUGCAAAUUUCACCAUUUGGUUCUAAUUAUUUACGAAGUGAUAAAUGUAAUCCCAAUGAAGCAAAUAAUUUAUUCGGAAGUAUUAAUAAUAACGCCAACGGAGAAUCAAUCCCACCAAUUGUUAAUAAAACUAAUCAGUUUGGUUUUGCUAAGGCGCCACGUCUUUCAUCCGGGAAUAUGAAUUCUAUAAGAAGUGCCGGAAGCUCGCUGCAAUCCACAUCGGCACCCAUAUCACCCAGCUUAAGCUCGGUAGCUACUAGUGCAUCAGAACUGCCCUCGUUUGACAGCGAUCCAGAUGAUCUUUUUGACGAUAUAUUACAAAACGACUCAUUUAACUUUGAUCAAAACUUUAAUUCGGAGCUCUCAAUUAAGCAGGAGCCACAAAGUUUAACGGACGCCGAAAUAAAUGCAAUGCAGAAGGAUCGACAAAAGAAGGAUAAUCAUAACAUGAUUGAGCGGAGACGACGUUUUAAUAUUAAUGACCGAAUCAAGGAGCUCGGCACCCUUUUGCCAAAGGGUAGUGAGGCCUUUUAUGAAGUGGUUCGCGAUAUUCGUCCAAAUAAGGGGACCAUUUUGAAGUCUUCCGUUGACUACAUUAAAUGUUUAAAACAUGAGGUAGCACGUCUAAGGCAAAACGAGUGCCGGCAGCGGCAAGUGGAGCUCCAAAAUCGUAAACUUAUGACCCGAAUAAAGGAUCUGGAAAUGCAGGCCAAGUCUAUUUCCGAUUACCAAUUAACAUCCGUAUCAGUAUCAGCGCCCACCCAAGCCAAUGCAUAUCUUAAAAGCUCAGGUUUGUCGCCAAAUGUUUCCCAAAGUCGUCGUUCACUUGCUGAAAACAAACGCAUGGAGAUUAAUAGUAACGACGGAAAUAUGGGGAUGAAUCAGAUUGACGAACUAAUGGAGGAUUGCAAGCAUCCGGUACAAGGUGGGGACCCAAUGUUGUCAUCACAAAGUCACAUGCUGUCAUCGAUGUUACAUUCGUCUAAUUUUAAACCAAAAAGCGGUGUUUCGGAGGAGAAUGUUGUAUUUAAAAGCAACAGCAGCAAAACAAGUAUGGUUGACUGUACAUCGUGCUAUAUCCAUCUUAAUAACCUGCAUAAUCAUAAACAAGAUAGUUGUCAUCACAGAUUAUCGGAUUGUGUACAUAAUUCUGAAUUUAGAGAUGUACAUAAUCAGGAUUCCCUAUUAUUGUCUUCAUCUUCCCAACAUUCGCUUUGUGAAGAUCAGCAGAGUUCCACCGACUUGUCUGGAGGUUUAAUGAACGAUGAUCUUUCAUCUUUAGUUGAUGAUAGUCAUAGCGACCAAAUGCUUCUUACACAAGAAACUUUAGAAAUUGACUUAUAAAUGCGUUUGUGCUUUAUUUAAUUAAUUAUUAAAUCUUAGUGCCAAACGAGAUUGUUUGUAAUAGGCUUAUCCCAAUUUAGCCAUGUUUUUUUCUCCGUACGUGUGACACAAACGUUUUAAGAGACACAGAAAUGUAUAGUUUGACCGAGCCAUUUCUGCUCUAAAAUUAUUAAAUAAAAAAAAAACGGUUAGCUAUAAAAGUUAAAAAGU